AUGUUACUAGUAUGUGGCUGCCAUUUAGGCUUCCUCCUAGAGAAAAAUCCAUCCAUCCAUCCGAGGAGCAAGAGGGUAGCUAGAGAAGUAAUGGAGGGCGCGGCGCAUGCCAUUGUGAGCAAUAUUGGGCAGCUGGUGAGGGAGGAGUUCCAGCAGCUCCGUGGCGUGGGCGGCGAGGUGGCUCGGCUGAGGGACGAGCUUGCCACCAUGAACGCCCUCCUCCGCAUGCAGGCUGAAGCCGAGGAGGGUGCGGUGGACCACUUUGUUCGGGAGUGGCUGAAGCAGCUGCGGGAGGUGGGCUACGACGCCCAGGACUGCGUCGAUCUCUAUCUGUUCCGCGUGAGGACCAGGUCCGGCGACCGCUUUAUCGUCCGGUGCAAGCGACAGAUUAAGACGCUUUGGUGUCGCCAUUUCCUCGCCGGUGAUAUCAGGGCCCUCCGCGCCCAUGCUGCUGCCAUCAACGAGCAACAUGCUCGUUAUGGCGUCAGCCUCACGUCACUGCGCCGUCCUCCUUCCAAUAUGCCAACGGUUCGGGCGUCGGCGCAUGUGCUCCACCAUGCCGACGACCCUGACAGGUUCGUCGGCAUCAAGGAACAGGCCAGUGGCCUGGCGGAUAAGGUGAAGGCGGCGAGUGACACCACUGAUAUCAAGGUAUUCUCCAUCGUGGGGUUCGGUGGGCUCGGAAAGACCACGCUGGUCAUGGAGGUGUGCCGGCAGCUGGAAGCCGACUUCGAGCGCCAAGCACAAGUGUCCGUGUCCCAGGUGCUCGACCUCAAGGGACUCCUCAGGGACGUGCUGCAUCAGAUCGUCAAGCUGAAAGCUGCAGAUCGUGCAGAAACUGUCGACCAGCCCCUUGCUGGCAUUGACAGCAUGGACAUUGAACAGCUCCGCACAAAUAUCCAGUCGAUUCUCACCAAGAAGAGGUACCUUAUUGUGAUCGACGAUGUUUGGACCGAAGUAGCAUGGAAUUCAAUCCGAUCCAUGUUACCAGAUAAUGACCUCGGCAGUAUAAUCAUUGUGACUACUCGGAUAGAAACUGUGGCCAAAGCAUGUACUACCUCCGUCCCGGUGUAUAAGUCAUUCGCGUAG